CACUCGUAUCUCUCUUUCCUUGCAAAACCCCACCCCUUUCUUUCUUUCACUAUUCCCUAGUCCAUAGCCAAACCAAAAAUUUCCAAGAAAAAAUAUAUAACAAGUCACAACUUCAACACACAACAGAUCCUUAGCCAUCCAGUAGAGACCGAGUAAUGAGUAUUCUCUUCCCAAGAAGUUCCUCAGCAACAAAGAGGAAAAGGGUCAUUAGAGAACUUGUUCAGGGUCGAGAUUAUGCCACUCAGCUCAAGUUUCUGCUUCAGAAGCCUAUUGGCCCUGACGGGUCUGUUUCAGCCAAGGAACUUGUGGCCAAUGUGCUGAGAUCUUUCACUGAAACUCUCUCUGUGUUGACUUCUUCCGAGGUUGCAAUAAGUGGUGAUCAUCAUCGUGACGAAGUUGCUCAGAAUCUUGUAAUUUCCGGAGAAGAUGCCUCGCAGGUGGAAAGCAUUGAUCCGAGGUCUGAGGGUUCAACUGAGAGUAAGAAGGGAUCAAAGGAUCGGAGAGGGUCCUAUAAAAGAAGGAAGACUGAACAGACAUGGACCAUAGUUGCCCAAACUACUGAUGAUAAUCAUGCAUGGAGAAAGUACGGACAAAAGGAAAUCCUAAAUUCUCAAUUUCCCAGGAGUUACUUCAGGUGCACUAGGAAGUUUGAACAAGGUUGCCGAGCAACCAAACAAGUGCAACGGAUACAAGAGAAUCCUGAUAUGUACACCAUUACGUACAUUGGCUUUCACACAUGCAAAGACACCCUCAAGGCUCCACAAAUGGUGACACAUUCUGAAACUUGGGACUCAUUUCUUGGUCCUGACGCAAAUGAUGUGCCGAAUGAACAUGAUUCCACUAUUGGAUCACAAAGCCUGAUUGUAAAACAAGAAUAUCCCAACGAUGAGACUGAUCCAAGUGAUCUCACAGAUGCUAACUUUUGGUCUGAUUUCAAGGAUUUUGAACUAUCCAAUGACAAGCCUGCAGGUUUGAAAAUAGCAUCUGAAAAUGCAGAUACUGUGUAUUCAUGCACUGGCUCGAGAAGUUUGGACAUGGAUUUUGGGAUAUUCUCUUCUCAUUUCUGCAGCACCGAGGACUUCCACUUUGAUGAAAGCCAAUUGCUUUAGUUACUUCCGUAAUCUUCAACCAUGUAUUGAUCAGAUUGAAUAUUUUUAGAAUUUGCUUUUUCCAAGUUUCAUGUACACUAUGGAGAGAAUAAUUAACUAAUCAUUCUCACAUUUCAGUCUAAUGUAAUGUAUGUUAAUGUCUGUCUGAAAUGUGCUUUGAAAAGAUUGAUUCAAUAACAUAGACUGAGUCAAUUAUUUGUGGGUGCUACAUAUAUAAAACAUAUGUGUGCAUAUAUAUA